AUGAGCUUUGGCUGGUCCAUCAGCGAUGUCAUCCUGCUCGCACAGUAUAGCUGGAAAGUGUACGAGAGCUUUACUGACGGCAACUACAACGCUACGAACGAGUAUGAAUGCUUCAAGCGAGAGUAUCGGCAGGUAAUUACCUGCCUCGAGAGGCUCGUCGUUGUCAGUCCCGACCUCGCUUCGCUAGCAGGAUUUGACGAGACGUUUGGAGAUACUAUCAAAUUCAUCGACAAGCACCGCAUUCUCACUGCUAAAACGACACGUCCUCUGAUCACCGCUUUGCCACAGACGAGCAGUAGAAUCAAAGAUUUUCUCGACCGUGUUGGCCGUGGGUACCAAACAGCGACAUGGCCAAUAUAUCGUGAGGAGGCAGAGAAGCUUCACCGACAGCUUGAUCGAGUUGUUGCCAUUGCAACAUUACACGCAACGACAACGACACUCCAAAACACACAUGGCAUCGAGAGGCAGUCAGAGGAGAUCAUGCGUGCAGUAAAAUCCUUGAGCGACAAGGUCAACUUUGUCUUGAGAAGAAUCACGCCAACAUCAAUAACAAGCACGACUGACUUGGACAUAAACUAUCUCACAACACUGUCUCACACCAGCAUCAAUCAGCCAAGUGCACUACACCAGAUAACUGCACAUCUAGAUCGUAAUGAAUCACCAGACGAUAUGCUUCAGCUGCUACAUCAAUUCUCGCAAAAGAUGGAAUACCUUAUCAUGAGAGAUUCUGGCGGAGUGCGCCCGGUAGUCAGGCAUCAAACAUCAAAUAUCCAGGGCGCGGUCACAGCUGAGCGCAUUGUACCUGUACUUCAACUCCUGGACACUGCCCGCAGCGUUGUGGACACCGCACUUGGUCUUACUCCCACACAAACUCAUCCCCGGAACCAAGAGCGAUCACCGAGUGUCAGUUUAGGAGUCCGUGCUGAGGAUUGGGAUGUCUUUGGACAAUGGUUGAAAUGGCAUAUGUUACACCAUGAGCCAACUCGAUCGAAGCGUCCUGUACAGCCUCCGAGAGUGGUCUCAACAGAAUCUGCUCCACCCACAAGUCCUGGUGCCCUCCAGGCACCUCGUCAACAACUCACCGGACGACCCCGAGGAGAUAUUUCUCCAAUGGGCAGUCCUCUUCCAGAACCAGUCUUCACACCCGGCACUGAUGCGUUUUCCGAUGCAUUUUCAACCCCAGAGAUACUGAGAUCCCCGUCUGGAGUGGUUGAAAAGCUUCGGAGCAGGACCAGAGACCAGAAGACAAUAUACCACCUACCACAUGGCGGUGCAACUCGAGCAAAUACUUUUGUUCCAUGGGUUGACAACAGUCGUGUACACAAGUCAAGUUUAACCGAGGCAAGACUACAGUUCAAAGGCUUGCAUCAGAUUAUUGUCAAGGACGAAAGAGCUCAUAGAAGCACGAUAUACAACACCAGGCCUAUGUAUUGCUUCGACGAACUCGAAGAUCUUCAAUAUGUGCAGGAACAGCUGCUUGGUAAGACUAUGGUCGCGACUCUCGAUGUUGUGCGAAUAUCGACACGUGCUGGCCAGGACCACUGCGCGUCCGAGACACUACGUGUCUUGGAAGACGCUGAGAGACAAAGAUCACUCUUAUACUAUGCUCAUAAGAUGUCGGCAAAGUCUGCCACACAAAGUCCUGGCUUUAUCGAGUGGUCAUAUCAAGAAAGUCGACAAAAAGAAGGUCAGAUUGACAUUCAGUCGGCGAGACAACUCCAACGCAGGUCAACAAUUGGCAGUAUCGACUCCGUGCUCUCAAAUGAUUCGACAUCAAGCAAGAAUCUUCAAACAAGCAUCAUGGACCGUAUCAAAGCAAUAGACUGCGAGUUCUACGACCAAGAAGAUCGUGAAGCCUUCGAGGAACUGUGUAAACCGUCGUCGGCACCUGUGUUCCGUAUGCCUUUCAGACCACGAGAUGUAGGUAUUGGUUCGCCACUAGCGGAGUUGGAUAUUGGUCUACCACUUGCAGAACUGGAAGGUUAA